UAUAUUUAUGCCAUCGACAAACGGUCACACAGUGCUUGUGGAAAAAUCAUGACAAGAAAAGCGCCGUGCAGACAGUUAGAAAGUGUGCAAUCGGACUGCGGAAGUGCGAAAAAGAACGGUCAAUGAGGCUGCACCUGCUGCUCGCCCGCAAAUCAACAAAAGCUCGCGAGCUGCUAAUUAAAUUAUAAAACAUAUAGAAGCGCUAAAGACGGGCCAAACCAAGCCCACAAUCCCCGCUCGUUGGCCUAUUUCGCUAAAAAAGCGAAGGAACCUUAAAGAGAGAGUGCGAGUGCCAAGAACGUCUGUAAAGGAGCUCACUAUGUAGACUCAACCCAAAUCAUCAUCAUCAUCGUCAUCAGCAGCAGAAUCAGCAGCAGCAGGGGAAAUCUACAAAAGAGCGAAAAUGUCUUUUAUAAACAACCUGAAGAAGGUCUUCCACCUCGGCGGGGGUGAGGCCAAGAAGAAGCGCCUGUACAACAACAUCAAGAUGGACACGGAUCCGGAGGAGUUCUGGGAAAUGGUCGGUGAACUGGGCGACGGGGCCUUCGGAAAGGUCUACAAGGCCCAGCACAAGGAGCAGAAGCGCUAUGCCGCCGCCAAAAUGUGCCAGUUGGAGGACGAGGAGAACCUCAGCGAUCACAUGGUCGAAAUCGACAUUCUCUCGGAGAUCAAGCACCCCAAUGUGGUGGAGCUGUACGAGGCCUUCUCCAUCGAUGAUAAGCUUUGGAUGCUCAUCGAGUACUGCGAUGGCGGAGCCCUGGACAGCAUCAUGGUGGAGCUGGAAAAGCCCCUGACUGAGCCGCAAAUUGCCUACGUCUGCAAGCACAUGACGGAGGGUCUUACCUUCCUGCACCGCAACAAAGUCAUUCAUCGCGAUUUGAAGGCCGGCAAUGUGCUGCUCACCAUGGAGGGCGGCGUUAAAUUGGCGGACUUUGGCGUCUCGGCCAAGAACAAACACACCAUGCAGAAGCACGACACCUUCAUUGGCACUCCCUACUGGAUGGCCCCGGAGCUGGUGCUCUGCGAAACUUUCCGGGACAAUCCGUACGAUCACAAAGUGGACAUCUGGUCGCUGGGCAUCACGCUCAUCGAACUGGCCCAGAUGGAGCCGCCCAACAGCGAGAUGUCGCCCAUGCGGGUGCUGCUCAAGAUCCAAAAGAGCGAACCGCCCAAGCUGGAACAGCCUUCGCGAUGGAGCAAGGAGUUCAACGACUUCCUCAAGAAGUCUUUAGUCAAGGAUCCACAAGUGAGGCCUACAACGGAUGUGCUGAUGCAGCAUGGCUUCAUCAACAGGCAUCUAGAUGCGAAGCCCAUCAAAGACCUGCUGCUCGAAUACAAAGCCGAGGUCGUGGAGGAGGUGGUGGACGAUGAGACCGAGGAACCCCGCAACUCGGCGCUCCAGCUCGACCUGGACGAUGACUCUGCUUCGCUGCAGAGCCAAGACAUUGACAAACUUCCAGGUACACCUACAUCCAUUUUGCGGGAUGCCAAAGAGCAGUCCCAACCAAGUAGCAGUUUACCAAUCGCAGCAGCGGCAACUGCAGCAGCAGCAGCAGCUACAACCACAACAAAAGCAACAGCAACCACUCCGGACAGACCAAACCACACAAAGGAUGACAAUGCUGAAGCGGCAGCCCAGCAGCCGCCGCAUACCAAAGUGCCAGCUCCAGCGCCGCCGUCGUCGUCCCAACAAACGCCUCCACCGCCAGUCCAGCAGCAGCCACCAACACCACCAGUCCCAACCGUGCUGCAAAAGAAACCCGAAGAUGUGGCAGCUGCAACUGCAGCUGAAAAAACCGAAUCCGACAAGAAGCACUUUGUCAAAAAGGAAAAGGGCAAAGCGCCGCCCCCACCGUCUCCCUUGGGUCUUGCAAAUGCCAAGUCGCCGGCCAGCGACUCCCAGACAUCUCCCAAAAAGCAGGCCACGCCCGAGCCCGCCUCCUCAGUCACCACGGCCAUUGAGGUGGCCAUUGGCCAGGAGGCGAUGGAGCCGAAGCCGCAGCCGCCCUCGCCCACAGCCUCCUCCAUUGUGUCCGUGCAGUCGGUGGCCUCUUCCAGCUCCUCGGGUAGCGUUUCGAAUGCUGUUCUCAGCUCGAGCACUUCGCUGAUCACCAUCAACAGCGAUCCACCCACACCGCAGCAUCACCAGCAGUUGCCAGCGCCACCAGCGCAGCAUUUGGUGCUGCCCAACAGCUUGGAGUCUGUUAGCCAGAUCACUGUGGUGACCAGCACCCAUCCGCCGGUGAUCAUCGACAACUCGGUGGUGCCGCCGCCGCAGAACGAGGUGAUCAUUGUGUCCAACGAUCUGAACAAGAGCACCCACCUGCACGAGUCGUCGACGGACGACGACUUCCCCUCGCUGGACGACAGUUUGGGCGAUGCCAGCAGCACACCGCCCCACAAGCAAUCCUCCAUGAUAUUGGCUGUCAAUGAGCCGGCAGGAGUGGUGCCCACUCCGCAAACAGCAUCCACUGUCCACGCUCGCAAGCUGGACGAGAGUGAGGUGUUGAUUGUGAGUCCCUCGUACGCGGAUGAUGACUCCGCCUACAACACGGCAUCCGGCAGCCACAGUCACGAUCACAGCGACCAUCUGAUGGACACGAGCCACGUCUCCGUGGUCACCGUUGGCGACGAGGGCGUCAAGGUGAAGGACAGCAGCAAUGAGCUGGGCAAGCGCCAGCCCAAUGGACUGGGCCUUGUGCCCGAGGACGUUAACAUCAUUGUAAACCGAUUCAAGCAGGAGAAGCGAUCGCCGGACAGCUCGCUGAGCGAGAAUGGCUCGGUGCGCGGCCGCCGGGGCAUCGAGGUGCUGGUGGGCGGCAGCGGGGGAUCCGACGUGGACAGCAUCGGCACCAACACUAGUCAGGACAGCCGGAACGAGGUGGAUCACAAUAACAAGCAGCAGCAGCUGCAGCCACCAGCGGCAGUGCUGAUGCCGCCACCGCCGCCGUCGGUGACGAAUAAUAACCACAGUCAUGAGACCAUCAACGAGGAGGAGGAGGUGGUCAUCCGGCCCAAGACGAGGGUGCCGCCCGUGGUCAAGUCUGUGAAUGCCCAAGGCCUCACCAAAGAGGAGAUUGAGCUGCGCAAUCUGCGCAAGAAGACACGAAAGCGCACGCGCAAGUUCGAGAUCGAUGGCGUGCAGAUGACCACCACCACGAGUCGUGUGAUCUACGGCGACGAUGAGAACGGACGAAUCUACGACGACCACGACUUCCGCAAGCAGGAGCUGCGCGAACUGAAGAUGCUGCAGAAGCAGGAGAAGAAACAGCAGACCGAGCUGUACCUGAAGGAGCAGCAGGCCAAGGAGCAGCAAGAUCGCCGCUUCGAGCAGGAGCGCUCCUCGCUGGAGAAGACCUACGAGGCGGACAUGGACAUGCUGGCGCGCCAGCACAAGCAGCUGGUGGAAAAGACCGAGCAGUCGCAGGAAAACGAGCUGCGCUGCACGUCCAAGCGCAUUCGCUCCGAGCAGGAGCAGGAGCUGAAGAUCUUCCGCGAGAACCUCAAGCAGGAGAUCAAGCUGCUCAAGCAUGAGGUGGACCUCUUGCCCAAGGACAAGCGCAAGGAUGAGUUCAAGCAGCGCCGCUCGGCCAUGGACCUGGAUCACGAGGAGAAGGAGCGCGCCUUCCUCGAUUCCCUCAAGGAGCGGCAUGAACUGCUGCUGCGACGACUCAGCGAAAAGCAUCGCGAGCACCUGGCCUCCAUCAACCGCAACUUCCUGCAGCAGAAGCAGAACGCGAUGAGGACGCGGGAGGCCCUCCUCUGGGAGCUGGAGGAGAAGCAGCUGCACGAGCGCCACCAGCUGUCCAAGCGGCAUGUGAAGGAUCUGUGCUUCAUGCAGCGCCACCAAAUGAUCAUCCGGCACGAAAAGGAGCUGGAUCAGGUGAAGCGCAUGCUGCAGCGCAAGGAGGAGGACAUGGUCAAGAAGCAGACGAUGGAGAAGCGAGCGCUGCCCAAGCGAAUCCGGGCAGAGCGCAAGGCACGAGACCUCAUGUUCCGUGAAUCCCUGCGUAUAUCCACGAACCUAGAUCCAGAAGUCGAACGCGAUCGCGUGAAGAAGUUCCAGGAGCAGGAGAAGAAGCGCUACAUGCAGGAGGAGCGUCGGUUUGAGGUCAAGCAUCAAAAGCAAUUGGAGGAGCUACGCGCCACACGUGAAAGCGCCAUAAAAGAGCUGGAGCAACUCCAGAACGAGAAGCGCCGGGCUCUGGUGGAGCAUGAGCACUCCAAGCUGUCGGAGAUCGAUGAACGACUGAAGGGCGAGCUGCGCGAGUGGCGCGAACAGUUGGUGCCCCGCAAACAGGAACUGAACCAACGCAUCAAAGUGGCCAUCGAUCAGCACGAGCAACGUUUCGGCCUGGUGGUCAAUCGCGAGGAGUUCGAGGACCAGGAGGUGGAGCUGCCCGUGCACCUGCGCAACAUCUACAACGAGCGACCCUUGCGCCUGCUGCCCCGCAACACCUUCAUUGAUCCGCAGCACUUGCCGCGCUCCCGCUCCUCGCUGCUGAUGAUGGGCGGCGGCGGCAGUCUGUUGUCCAACUUCCGCGGCUCAGCGCCAGAUCUCAGCCGCAGUGUGCCCAGCACUCCGAUCCUGCACAAGCAACAGCGAUCGCAGAUGAUCAGCGAUCUGGUGCUGGAGGAGGACGAGGAGCAGUUGCUGAGCGAGCAGAUGAAGCGGGCCAGCGUGACCACGUUGCCGGCCCAGAGCCAGCUGCGCCUGAUCACCCAACUGCCGGCCAAUGAGCUGGUCAAGGUGGUGACCACCACGCCGCCACUGAACAGUGCGGAGGAUGCGAAUGCUGCCAAGCCAGCUAUGAGUACUUUCCGGGGCAGUACACCCCCGCCGCCGCCGCCGCCAAAAAAUCCUAAUGAUCUGGGCCUGGUGAGCAACCGAUUCAGCCGCCUGGAUGCCCAGGCAGCGGCAGAGGCCAGCGGCGGCGGCGUGGAGCUGCGCAUCCACGAGGGACCAGUGCUGACGGCGCACACGCAGCGGCUGCUGCACACCACCUCGUUUGCCAUCAAGCGACCCUCGCUGGCCAGUCGCAGCAGCGGCCGAUCCUCGCUGAGCAGUGCCCAGUCGAUGUACAACAUCAACGAGCUGUCCACGCGUUACACCAGCGAUGCAGACUUGAUUUUCGACUCGGGACGCAAGGCGGCCGCCCUACUGGACGAAGUGCAGCCGCAGCUGAGGUCCUCCGUUAAGCCGGGCCACCACAGUCGCCUCAAUGGCAGCGUGGCAUCGGCGGAUUCGGCCGCCCCCUCGGAUGAUUUCUACUACGACCUGUAUGCGGCCAAGUACCGAUUGCCGAGGGUCAAUCAGCGGCAGCACAGCUGCGAGGAGGAUUCAUCGGCCAUCUAGGAGACCAGCGACGCAGAAUGAUCCAUUGCGAUCAGCACUUGCCACGUUGCAGCAGCCAGUUUCCUAAAUGCACUACUAAACACUAACCAGUCACUCAAACCUGUACUCACACCUACUGACAACAAAUCCACCUGCUUUUCAUUCCCCACCUGGUGCUGGCUAAAUGCUCGUCCCCAGUAGUCAGUCCCCCCGAAAACACCUCAUCUUGCUAACCGAAUAUGUCUAGCCAUAGCUAUUCUCACCUAUUAACGCGAACGCGCUCUGCAUCGGAAAUUGCCAUACACUCUGUCUUGCCAAAAGUUGAUUAUGUUUGUUGGAAUUGCUAUGCUAUUUUAUUGAACGAAAAGUGUUUUGUUUUAAUGUUUAAGUAUUUGCCUGACUUGGACCAGCCAUCCACUUCCAAAUGCAUUCCAUUUAAGCAGUAUUAUCGAAGUACUUAGUAAACGAAACGAGAGAAUAAUAAAGAAUACAAUCAACAUUCCACUUAGCCACAUGCCAAGCAUUUGUGUAGCCAUAUCUUACUCUAAACAUUCGUAUAACUGUAAACAUACAAAUAAAUAUUAUCAUAUUGCAAAUUUCAUGAUGCUUCACUGUACACACCCACUCUUACACACACAUAUAUAUAUCUAUAAACACACCCACAUGCAAACAACAAUGCGCUGCUAUCGAAAACCAAAAAAAAAAAAACAAACAAAAACCAAACCAAAUCAAAAAAAUCUGUAUCCAAAAACUUUUCUUGCCGGCUCUCCUCUUCUCGUAAUGUGUAAAGCAACUACAGCAGCGGCUGCAACAAGAG